AUGGUUCAGUAUUUCGCUGUUUUCCUGAUUCUCUCUUUCUUUGGCGGCUCUCUGGGAACAACCACCUCACCUCAGCAACAAAACGCCACAGAGUUAAAAGACUUAUGCCAGGUAAGAAAUGCAUAAAGAUAUAAAAAGGAGUACUGCGCCGUAGAUUAGGUACACCCAGAAACCGUUUUAUUACUCUCACGUCGUUAUGAUCAGUUACUAAAAAGUACCCGUUAAAAGUGUAUGGCAGUUUAUUUAAAAGUCCUCGCUUUAUCCACCAUGAUCUUUCCUCGAAAACCUGAAGCCUGUCCAUUGUUAGCUGUCAAUUUUCUCUGCUUCCAUCCAAGUCCAUUCGAGGCGAGAUAACGCUUUAAAUAGGAUUAUGAUGUCCAAGGUCCAUUCUGUGCCUCGAAAACAAGGGAGACAGCGGGCGGGUGUAGACUUUGUUCAUUUUGGUAUGGAAUCAUUGUUUGCGAGGAAGCUACGGGCGUGUAUGAACGAAAUUAUCCUUUCAUUUCCAAAACUGGGAGAAUUAAUCUGAGUAAUGAUGACAUGCAUAAUUUCUUAUAGACAAGGUCCUAAAAUUUGUAUGGAUUUUAGAGGCCAAGUCUGAAAACGGGUGUAAAAAAUGACGUGUUCUGGUCUUAAAUAGAUUCAGGAUUUGGAGAACCGGGCGGCACAUCCCAGAAUUCCCAGGAGUACAUCCUUCCCCCUCCCCCCUCCCGAGUUAUUUAAGAUCCCGUGUCGUCUUCGUCUCUGCUAAUUGCAAGUCAUCUUUACUUUCAGCGACCUCUGAUGGGUUUCCCUGGUAUUCCAGGAUCAAAUGGUAUACCGGGAGUGCCGGGAGUGCCGGGCGUCCCGGGGCCACACGGACCCCAGGGAAGGGAAGGUUCAAAAGGACAAAUUGGUGAUAAAGGAUCACAAGGGAUGCCGGGUGCAAGAGGAGACAGAGGGCGCGAAGGACCCCCUGGGAAGAGUGGACCCCGAGGAUUAAAGGGAAUGAACGGUCAACAUGGACUUGUGGGAAUGAAAGGAGAGCGAGGCAUUGUGGGAAUGAAAGGAAGAAAAGGAGACAGAGGAGAGAAAGGAGAAAGCGCCAAAGCAAGUCAAGCAAGUGUAGUACCACAAACCAACUGGAAACAAUGUGUGUGGAAAUCAUUGAGCCAUACUGAUAACGGAAAGAUUAAGGUAAUUAGAAUAAGAAUCAUAACACACUCCUAAGAAAAUUCAUUUCCUUUUAAAUUAAAAUGUUUGAAAGAAGAACGUCUCCCCUCUCACUCACCCUUUUGCCAACACAUUACAUAAAUAACUAUUUAGUUACAUUUCCCUCUACUUUGGUUCUUUUUUGAACGAAAAAAAAAAAAAAAAACAUCGCGCGUGAUAAAAUGAUCAGACCAUAUGGAUAAGGACAACAAAAAUUUAAGCUAUUACAGAGUUUUCAAAAAUUAGGAAGUAAUCAUGACUGGAGUUGUUAGUAUCAAUCAUUACACACGGUUGCUCGCCUUAUUACAAUAUGUUUGAUUUGUUUGCUUUUAUUCCAGGACUGUGCGUUUAACAAACUGCAGUCUAAUUCAGCGCUCAGAGUCUCAUUCCAGGGAAACACGAUGGUCGUUGGUGAAUAUAAGUGUAACCGCUGGUAUUUCAAGUUCAAUGGAAAUGAAUGCAGUGGACCAAUGACGAUUGAGGCUGCUGUUCUCAACAUCUGGUCAUCUGUGAACCGUUAUGAGCUGUAUCAUCAUCGGUCAUUUGAGGGGUACUGUGAAAACAUUCCACAAGGCGCAGUUAGAGUGGAAUUAUGGGUAGGAAAGUGUAGUGGCCAAACCCUGGGUGAUGCUGAUACUGGGUGGAUAUCAGUGUCCCGGAUAAUGAUUGAAGAAGUAUCUAGGCCCCAGUCCUAA